AGAGACUAGCGUUGAACAAUGAAUGGGGAUACCAGCGACUCUCUUACUCCCGAGCAACAUGCACGCAGCAGCUGAAAUGAUCUCCGUUGGACAGCUUUUCAGUUCCAGGAAACUCAUUCCCUUCGGGGACAGAGCGGGGAAGAGUUAAUCCAGACAGAAACGUCGGGGUGAGGUUACUGGGGUGGGGGGGAGGAGGCCAGAUAUAAUUCUGGACAGAAGUUUGGUUCUCCAAAGUUUGUGUGUUUCCAAAAGUUUUUUUGGGGGGGUGGGCGAAGGGGAGCAGCCGGACGCUGUGGGAGGUCAAUCCCCUCCCCAGAAAUCGAGGGGAACAUCGAGAAAGGGGACAUUUGCAUUCCGUUUGGCGUUGUCCCGGAUGAAAUGGGAAAUACUGGAAGUUUGGAUGGGCAGACGAAUCUAAACGCUCCAAUCAUGCCACUGAAGUUACCGAUGCCUGAACAAUGCGAGCUGGAGGAGAGAUUUGCAGCCGUUCUGAACUCUAUGAAUCUACCCCCAGACAAAGCACGGCUGCUUCGACAGUAUGAUAAUGAGAAAAAAUGGGAUCUCAUCUGUGAUCAGGAGCGCUUCCAGGUGAAGAAUCCUCCACAUACCUACAUUCAGAAGCUGAAGAGCUACUUGGAUCCAGGAGUCACCAGGAAGAAAUUCAGACGUCGAGUGCAAGAAUCAACCAAAGUGUUGCGGGAACUUGAAAUCUCCCUCCGAACCAAUUACAUCGGGUGGGUACGAGAGUUUUUAAACGAUGAAAAUCAGGGUCUCAAUGUCCUGGUGGACUAUCUCUCCUUUGCGCAGUGUGGAGUUAUGUUUGACUUUGACCUUGUGGAGAAUGGUGAUGAUGGUGCCCUCGACAAGUCGAAACCCUGGGGCAGGUCUAUAGAAGAUCUGCACCAGAGCAAUGUCCUGCCCCUGGCUUUCAGCAACAGCCUCUCUCGCUCUGCCAGGCAAUCUAUCCUACGCUACAACACUUUGCCUGACAGGAAACUCCUGAAGAACUCCCGACUCGUGAGCCAAAAGGAUGAUGUCCAUGUCUGCAUCAUGUGCUUACGGGCAGUCAUGAACUACCAGUACGGCUUCAACUUGGUCAUGUCCCACCCACAUGCUGUGAAUGAAAUUGCACUUAGCUUGAACAACAAGAAUCCCAGAACCAAAGCCUUGGUAUUGGAGCUCUUAGCAGCAGUGUGUCUUGUGAGAGGAGGACAUGAAAUCAUCCUGUCAGCAUUCGACCACUUCAAAGAGGUGUGCAAAGAAAAGCAUCGCUUUGAAAACCUGAUGGAAUAUUUUCGCAAUGAAGACAGCAACAUUGAUUUCAUGGUGGCGUGCAUGCAGUUCAUCAAUAUCGUGGUGCAUUCAGUGGAGGACAUGAACUUCCGGGUCCACUUGCAGUUUGAGUUCACCAAGCUGGGCCUUGACGAAUUCCUGGAGAAAUCUAAGCACACAGAAAGUGACAAACUCCAAGUUCAGAUCCAGGCCUACUUGGACAAUGUAUUCGACGUGGGAGGCUUGCUCGAGGAUGCAGAGACUAAGAAUGCAGCCUUGGAGAAAGUGGACGAACUGGAAGAGCACAUGUCGCAUUUAUCGGAGAGGCUUCAGGAGCUGGAGAAUGAAAAUAUGAUGAGAGUAGCAGAACUGGAAAAGCAGCUACUGCAUCGGGAUAAUGAACUGGAAAUGAUAAAGGAAACGUACAAGGAUGCUAGCAGCCAGGUGCAUACAUUGAGGAAGAUGAUAAAGGAGAAAGAGGAGGCUUUACAGCGGCAGUUUCAACUGGAGAAACAGUUGACGGAUCUGCGACACAGCUCUAUUGGUGAUUGUCCCGAUGGAGAUCCUUCCAUGUUAUCUCGAUCUUCCCUGCGUUCGGAUCUAAUCCAAAGCGUUCCUUCAAUACCAGCACCGCCAACUCCUCCUUCUCCACCACUCGCUCCACCGUUGCCAGGUCAAGCACCUCCUCCCCCACCACCACCACCUGCAGCUCCGCCGUUACCUGGCUCUUCACUUUCUGUUAUCCUCACCUCGGGAUUGGCAGCCAUCCGGAUAAAGAAACCGAUCAAAACCAAAUUCCGUUUGCCGGUGUUUAAUUGGAUGGCUUUAAAACCCAACCAGAUCAAUGGGACAGUCUUCACCGAAAUCGAUGAUGAAAAGAUAUUAGAGGAGCUUGACAUGGAUGAAUUUGAAGACCUCUUCAAGACGAAAGCCCAGGGACCCUCCAUUGAAAUCUCCUGUCAGAAAAGCAAAAGUGCGCAGAAAGCACUGAGUAAAGUGACGCUGCUCGAAGCCAACCGAGCAAAGAAUCUCGCCAUUACACUGCGCAAGGCUGGCAAGACAACUGAAGAGAUUUGCAGGGCCAUUCAAAUGUACGAUUUGAAGACUCUACCCCUAGACUUUGUGGAGUGUCUGAAUCGCUUCCUGCCUUUAGAGAACGAGGUGAAGCUUUUGAGGCAGUACGAGAGAGAACGGAAACCACUCGAUGAACUGUCCAACGAGGACCGUUUCAUGCUGCAGUUCAGCAAAAUUGAGCGUCUGCCUCAGCGCAUGACCAUCAUGACAUUUGUCGGGAACUUCUCUGAGAAUAUUCAGAUGUUGAAUCCGCAACUGAAUGCAAUAAUAGCUGCUUCUGCAUCCAUUAAGACCUCACAGAAGUUGAAGAGAGUGCUGGAGAUAAUUCUGGCACUUGGUAACUACAUGAAUAGCAGCAAAAGAGGAGCUGUGUAUGGUUUCAAACUUCAGAGUUUGGACCUGCUCUUGGAUACUAAAUCCACUGACCGGAAGCUGACCUUGUUGCACUACAUUGCAAUUGUCAUAAAACAGAAGUACCCCAGCAUUGCCACAUUCUGGAGCGAGCUGCACUUCAUUGAGAAAGCAGCGGCAGUGUCAUUGGAAAACGUCCUCUUGGAUGUCAAGGAGAUGGGACACAACAUGGAGCUAGUUAAGCGAGAGAGCAGUAUGCACGAUCACAAUGUGGUGCUGAAGGAUUUCCUGACCCAAAAUGAAGGGAAACUAGAAAAACUUCAGAAAGAUUCCAGGACUGCACAGGCAACAUACAAUAAAGUGGUUGAGUAUUUUGGAGAAAGUCCCAAGACUACGCCUCCAUCUGUGUUCUUCCCGGUAUUUGUCCGCUUUGUCAAGUCUUACAGGGACGCGGAACAGGAAAACGAGCUGCGAAACAAGCAGGAACAAGCUUUGAGAGAGAAGAUGCUGGCACAGGAAGCCAAGCUCCAACAGGACCAAAAGUCUCCCUGUCACAGGAACAAGCGACAACAACAGGAACUCAUCGCUGAGUUACGGAGACGGCAGCUCAAAGAUCACCGGCCGGUGUAUGAAGGGAAAGAUGGAACCAUUGAAGACAUAAUCACAGCGUUGAAGAGUGUGCCCUUCACAGCCCGAACUGCUAAACGUGGGUCCUGGUUCUUCUGUGAAACGUCAUUGUGUGAAGAGUCCAAUUGUUAAUGUUUGUGCCCUCUACAGUCUACAGCUAAGACAGAUCUUAGAAGUCAACCAUUCCGACGUGCAGACGCGGUGAUUCGGCAUGGAUGGAAACAUCUCUAAAGAAAAGAGUUGGGCAGGGGAAGAGAAGGAGAGUGGAACUGCGACCAAAUUGACAGUUACCAAAAAACUGUUCCCUCGAGGAGCAUCUCGGGAUGCACUUUCUUUUGUCGCCCCACGUUGACUCCCUGAAACGGCAGACUUCCUGCACGCGUACCUUUGUAAUCCAUUCCAGGCUGGCCCACACAAAAUUGGCGUGGUGUGGAUAGAAAACAUGAGGGAGAGUACACAUUUCCUUUUUGUUUCUAAAGGGGAAAUAAGUUUUCUUUUAAAAACCAAUCCACAAAACCUGCUCACCACUUAAUGGAUAAAAUGAUCCAACUAUGGGUUUGCAAUCCCAACGCUCCAUCGAAGCUGGGAGAAGGCAUGUUUCUCAGUGUGAUAGAAAAGACCAAGAGAAGUGUUGGCUGUCUUAGCCUGUGAAAUUUGAGUGCCUUGUUACAGCAGUAUUACCUGGACACAUUAACUGUGGAGUUCUUUCUGUUCUUGUAGUCUUAAUUAAUUUAAUGUAUUUUUCCAUUAUUCUUCCUAUGUUUUGUACAGUUAAUUUGACCUUCUGUGAUGUUUCCAAAGGAACUUUGGCAUCUGUUUUUGCCAAAGUAAAAUGGCCGUUUAUGUUAGAACAUUAUCUCCCUCUUAUAUUGAUUUCAAACCCGUCUCCGAAUACUGCUAAAUUCUUUGAUUUAUUUGGAAAUCCUAAAGAGAAUACUGUGAAGUUAGAUUUGCAGCUUCUUUUAAGGAUGGGAGCAUGUUUUAUCUCCCAGAAUAUUGAAGAAUAUUCAAUGGAACUAACAUUUAGACCUACAAAGACUGUCUAGAAGCAGAUGAAAGAGUGAAGAUUCCUCCCCUUAAGUCAGACCUCUUCACUACUUUUCAGAUUCAUUGCAUUGAAAGGCAUUGGGUGAAGCAGAUUGGGGGUUUGGAAAUCUGAGUGAGGAGGAUGUGCAACCCAUACAGACUUGACCUAGCUCUUGAGUCAACAUUUACUUAGCACGUAAAAGAUUCAUCAUGCACCCAGGCUGGGUUGUAUUCGAUCGAAUUUGAACUCUGACUUGUGAUCAGCACUCAGGCUGUUAUUUUACCUGAUUGUAUGAGUCAAGAGGGAGACAUCCAGUUAGAAAUUGUUCAUGACUCUGUUCUGAUCUGGGAAUUAUGGACUCGAGUUCUGUGUUUUCUUUUCUUCCUUUGCUAACUGGAACAGUAUCUCCCAUUGGAAGUAAGGGAACUGAAUGCAAACUAGGAGAAUUGACUCUUAUUGUUAGGCUAGCCAAUGAAUUAAGCCCUCUGAUUUUUCAAUUGUUUUAUUUAAUAUGUACACUAUAGUAACAUUUAAACUUAGGCCCAAUAUCCCUAAAUGCUCUGAUACAAUCCUUGGGUCAAACCCUUCGUUCACCAUCUCUGUCAGUGAUGCUGCAGUUGAUCUCUGCUAGCUGGAGCCUGAAAGCAGCAUCUCACUCACUUGGAUGUCAGUGGGUCCUUGCUGCUUGGGCUCACUGGGGUAGGACAGCAGAGUGUGGCUGGUACCUCAGGGGGGAUUGUGGGGAAAUGAAGCCUAAGGUAGAAGAAGAUAAAUUCACUAAUUGGGUGCAGUUUUCAAAACUAAACUCUGUUCAUUGGGCCUAAUUCCACCAGCUCACACUGGUAUCCAUGAUUACCAGUAAACUCUAAAUACUACCAUAAAACGAUUUUAAAACAAACUCUGUUUUUAGUUUUGUCAGGCAGCACCAGAGUUGCUUUACAAUGUAAAGUUGCCGUUCCAGUAUCAUGGGUUUUACAACAAUCUGCUGGAAGCUGAUUUUGGCCUAUUUUAUGAAAUGGGCUACAGUCUUGAACUGAAAUCCCAGAGUCUGAGAUUUACAUGUUUACAUUGUAAGGCAUUUCAAAUACAGUUCAAUGUUACGGUUGGCUCUGUGGUCAUUUUGCAGAAUAGGUGAGAAUGUCUUCCAUUUAAAACAAAAAUUAGCUUUGCAUUCAAUUCAAAUGUGUGCCUUCAAUGCUUAGUUCUUUGUUUGAUUAUAGUUCCCCAUCUUAUAAACCAAUUACAGCACAAAGGAGGCCAGUCUGCCUGCUGCACACAUAAUAGCUCAUUAACUAGAUUAAUCUGCUGUCAUUCAUUUCUCUCCUGUUUACACAUAUCCUUUCAUUUCUUUUUCCAAACAUUUUCGAUUUCCCCUUAAGAUGGCACAGUCCCCUGCUUCAACAGCUACAUCUGGUGACACAUCACACCUUCUUUUAACUUGGGAUAAAUUUUGUUUUUUUUUAAUGAUAACUCAUUGUCUAUGGGCCCAUUUCAUUUUCCUGAAUCAGCAAUCUGUAGAAAUACAAUCAGUCUUUUGCUAAUAAUCCUCUCAAAAUCUUUCGUAAUUAUAGACGCUUUUGUCAGAUCCCCUUCUUAACUCUGUUUGUUCCAAAUGAGAGGGGAGCGGAUGCGGAAUGUAUCAAGCUGUCCUUCAUUAUUGUAUCUAACUCUUUAUACAAUCCAAUUAAUCCUCACUGUUCCCUUCACAAAGACUGUAACAUUCUUUGUUCCCCAUUCUAAAUUUCCCCACAUCUGACUGUAAGGAUCCUACAUUUUGUCUUGCCUAUCUUUUUCACGUCACAUAUUUAUGGAAACUUUUAUGGUUAGUUUCUAAGUUCCCUGUAAUUUAACUGACCUAUCCUACUGUCAUCGUCUUCUUCUGAUGAAUUCUAAAAUGCUUCCAUUCCUCAGGCUUGCGGCUUUUUCUGGCACUUUGAUAUGUCUCUUCCUUGGAUCUAAUACUAACCUUAAUUUCUUGGUAAGCCAUGGUUGAGCCCCCUUUCCUGUUUUAUUUUUGUGCCAGAUAAGAAUGAAUAUUGUUGUAAUUCACGCACACAUUCUAUAAGAAUGAACCAUUGCCUAGCUACUGUCAACCUGUUUAGUAAUGGUCCCCAUUCUUUCCUGGCCAAUUCUUGCCUCAGACCCUCAUAGCUCCCUUUAUUUAGAUUCAGGACCCUCGUUUCAGAUUCAACUACUUCAUUCUUGACCUUAAUGAAGAAUUCUGUCAUGGGUUCUGUUCUCAAAAGAACCUAUCACAACAAAAAAAUUGCCCAUGAAUAUAGAUGCACCCUUAUUACAUGCACCUCUGAUUUCUUAUUUAAUGCCUUCUCUUACUACUUCUUUCAGCCCCCAACAAUGUUUUAUGCCCCUUGGUGUUAUGUACCUCCAUUCAAACAGGUUCCUCAUCAUUGUUUUCCAAGAAAAUAUCCUUUCUCACUAUUGCUUUGAUUUCCUCCUUCACGAACAAUGCUAUCUCACUUCCUUUCCUUUUUUGUCUGUCCUUUCUAAAUAUGCCUAGAUGUUCAGUUCCCGUCCUUGAUCACCCUGCAGCCACAUCGCUGUAAUCAUAACUAUAUCAUUAACAAUUUUGUUUUCUAUUUAUGCCAGUAAUUCAUCUACCCUAUUUUGAAUGUUCCAUGCGUUAAGAUGCAAUGCCUUUUGACUUGUCUUUUUAACCUUGUUAAACAGAACAAACAUUUCAUAGAUUCCAGGGUCACUGAGCCCAAAUCUCUUCGGCACCUGUCCCCAUCUUCCCACCCUCUGAGUGAAAAUUACAUGUUUUAGGGCACUUCUUACCAAGGCAGGUCUGGGGAGUUAGAAAAUUCCUUCUUUAUGCUAUCAGCUUCAGGAAUUAAAAUACAGCUAUUUGUGUCUGUGUGUGUCUGUCUGUGUGUCUGUCUGUCUGUGUGUACCUCGCUCAUUCUCUGGCUUCUCCCAAGCCCAUUGUGCUGCUAUAUUAUAGUGCUCUGCUCACAUGCCAGAUAGGCCCGAAUCCCAUCCUAAAUUGACACCAUCUUUAAAUGUGGAUCACGUUGUUAGCGACAUAGCCAGGCUGAUCCAACAUGUCCCAUUGAGCAAUGGAAAAAUCAGGACCUUUGGAAAUACUCGCGUAUACCCCAGCAAGCCUCAAUCUCUCUCAUUGCUGACUCGCUUCCUGAGGUGGAGGUUGAGCCCGAAGGUGAGGAAUCAAUGUAUUAUCUGCUGGUUUACUGAAAAGUGUCACAAAUCAGGUGUGAGAACAGCUUUAUUUAUUGGACUUCUUAAAAAAAGUAUGUUUUUAGAUGUUGCUGUCCAAAGACUACAAAGUUAUUUAAAACAAGAUGUGUCAUGUUGUUUCGUGCAAAUACAUUAGCCUUCCAUUUUUUCUAACAAAAUAACCCCAACAGCGAGCUUUUUAAAAUGGCACUUGGUUAAAACUCUGGAUUUGUACUGUCAGUUUUAGUUUUCAGUUUAUGCUGCUUCCCCAUAUAUUGAUGAAUUGUUCCAGUGAUGUGAUAUAUUGAAUGACUUCACGUUACUUGUUUAGCCUGUGACAUCAUCUGGAAGACCAUCUGGUAGGGGUGGGGGUGGUUGGCAACAUAAUAGUGAAGACUAAGGUAUAGACUCACUUUUCUCUUAAUACUGAAUUUGAGUAAGUCUACCCAUCAGUAGUCAUUAUUUAAAAAGUGAGCUGUGGACCUGGGGAAAAUAGACUUCAAAUAAUCUAUAUAUUCCCGUACAAAUUCACAAGGUCGCCAUUUUAUUUUGUCUUUCUGGUAUGUAUUACAUAUGAAGUAUUUAGUUUGUAUUUUAACCAUUCCGUUCCAAACUCUACAUUCCUGUAGUUAACUGUAUGCUUUUGUAAUUGUAAAAAAAACUGUUAAAUUCAAUUUUCCAUUUUUUAAAAAGCUAUUUUUAAAACUAUACCAAAGUUGAGGCUUUCUGCCACUACGCAAUA